AUGCCGGAUGGAGUAGCUUUUGAUAACUUCUUUAGAGGGCUCAAGAAGGGAUCCUUCAAGUUUGAUCUGGUCAAGAAGAGUGUAAGAACCAUGGAUGAUUCUUUGGACGAAGCUGAGUCCUUCAUCCAUGCUACUAAGAUUUGUUCCGUCCCAAAGAAAUCCAAGGGAAAAGAAGCAUUUGAUUACCCUCAGCAAAAGGAUAAGCCCGACAAAAAUAACAAGUAUGAGAUUGAUCGUCCAUUCCCUAUGAAAUCGCCGGUUGAGACUCGUGACAACACUCUCUAUUGCAAGUUCCACUGUGAUGUGGGGCUCGACACCAAGGAUUGUAAGAGUUUGCACCGGGCUCUAGAUGGGAUAGCGGCCAAAGGUUUCCUUAAAGCGUACAUCAGCACAAAUGCAGGCGGAUCUGGGAAGAAGUUCUACAAGAAAAUAAAACCCCCUUCAUACCGUCGUGAUGGCAAUGACACGGAUCCAGAGUGUGUAGCGGUUAUUUCUGGUGGCCUGGAAGCCGGAGGCCCAACCAUGCAGGGGAAAAAGGAUUAUGCAAGCCGGUUGGGUCAGUUCAUGCUAUCUGAGAAGGCACCGAUGAAUCAUUUCCCAAAAGAAGAAAUUUGUGAAGCCGAUAGGGGAAAGAUAGCAACUCCUCAUGACGACCCCUUGGUAGUAGAGCUGAAGGUAGCAAACCUCAAAAUGAGACGCAUUCUGGUAGACACCGGAAGCUCAUCUGAUAUUAUCAGCCUGACAUGUCUGAACCGUCUUGAGCAUGACCCCAAGACAAUUGAGAAAAUCCAUUAUCCCAUCAUUGGAUUUGGAGGCGGCGUAAUCUGUAAUACCUCGUAUUUUUCGUAA